AUGCCAAAAACGAACAAAAAAACUACCCGAAUUAGUGCCCCCAAGAUUUUUAAGUAUGUUGAACCCUCGGUAGAGGAGUUGAAAGCAAUCCGAUAUGAAGGGAAAAUUGAGGACGUUAGUUCAAAGGCAGUCUUAGAGGACCAGUUAUGUAAAUUUAUAUGUGCGAUAAAACGUAGAAAUGGUAAAGAUUACCAUGCAUCGUCUAUAAGAAAUUGCAUGGCUGCGAUUUGGCGUCAUCUAAAUGAACAUUCAGCUUUAGAGAAACCCGUGGACAUAUUAAAUCUGAAA